AUGGGUGCUUGUAAUCUAAAACUGCCAGGCAGGAUAGAGAUUUGGUCCUCUUAUUUGAACAUGGAGUCUGAGCAGUGUGAGGGGAGCUCCAAGACUAGAGAGGAAGUGGCAUCUGCUUCUCUCGUAGAACUCGCAAAAGCCAUCCUGGCACGCCAGUCCCACCCAUCUGUCAUCGGCCCAGAGACGUGGGAGGGUUACAUCUUCUCUGACUUGGAGAUCCGAAUUAAAGAAUCAACAGACCUAUAUGGAGCUGUACUCUGGCCCUCGGCUAUGGUGCUGUGUCACUUUCUGGAGACCAAUCGUGACAAGUACAACUUAAUGGACAAGAACGUGAUAGAAUUGGGUGCAGGAACUGGUCUCGUCUCGAUCGUUUCAAGUCUUUUAGGUGCUAAGGUUACGUCUACUGACCUUCCAGAUGUGUUAGGGAACCUCCAGUACAAUGUCACUUGCAACACAAAAGGACGGUGCAAAUACACCCCUCUGGUUACAGAGCUGGUCUGGGGCCCAGAGGUGGAACAGAAGUUCCCACAAAGCACACACUAUUUCGACUACAUCCUGGCUGCAGAUGUGGUGUACGCCCACCCCUACCUAGACCAGCUCUUGGACACCUUCAGCCACCUCUGCCAGGUGAACACGCAGAUCCUGUGGGCCAUGCGUUUUCGCCUCGACCCAGAGAACAGCUUUGUGGAUCGUUUCGGCGAGCGCUUUUACCUGGAAGAAUUGUAUGACCUUCCGAGUCUUAGCAUCAAACUGUACAGAGCCUGGAAGAAGCAGAAGAGGACUACAGAUCAAAAACAAUGGGCAGGUGAUAGGCAUAACCUGGCUGCUGAAGAGAGCACCACGGUGGACCACUGGAUUAAAGCGUAA